AUGCUGUGGCGUAUAGAGUUCCUCAUCAAACAUACUCCCGGUGGUGCUGCAUGCCCGCCCAUAUCCGGGCUUACUGUCACAGUUUUGGGAACUUGCGCAGAGGAGGAUCCCGGAUAUGUCGAGCAAAUAUCCCCAAUUACGUGGAGGUACCAUCGAGUUCUCGAGCUGCACUCAGAAAUGGACGAGCUUACCUUUGUCGCUCAGUCGGAAGACUGCGGUGACUUGGGCUAUCUGUUCUUCACCAGCGACGAGUUGUCAGCGCUCAUGGUAGUAGAAUCCGACGUCAAGUUGGAGCGCGAUUUUAUAAUGGAGGGUGACAGUGUGGGCCACCUGAAAGUUCACUUUUGCAUCGGUAUACAGCGCAACACCAACGAAGAUUUAACGCCAGUUUUCUCCCUACGCGAACUGGGGUUAUCCCUUGUUACGCCAGAAAACUCUGCUGAACAUCCUUCCGUCACUCUGAAAGCUAUGGGCGAUCACCUCAUCGGCCAAUUCAAGAACACCCUGAAAAUAGAUGACGUUACGAAAGCCCUCUCUGCGUAUCAGCACGCUAUGAAGCUGGCAUCCCCCAACGACUCAAACUAUGGAAUUUACCUCUGUGGUGCCGUCGGUGCGCUGUUGGAACGGUUUAAAUUCUCGGGGAAUGUUGCCGACAUUGACCGAGCUAUUUCAAUGAUGAAAGAAGAAGUUGCUCGCUCCAGGGAAGGCACUAGUUCCUUGAACCAAGCUGCUGGCCUCAACAAUUGCGUAACCUUAUUCCGCACUCGGUUUGAACACUAUGGGAAACCCCAGGAUCUCAAAUUCGCGCUCAAAUAUCAGCAGCAGAUGGUCGAAAUCACGGCCCAAAGCGAUACCUCCUUACCUAAAAGGCUUCAAGUUCUGGGGUACUUGUUCAGAACAUGGCAUGCAUAUAGCAGUGAUCCCACGGACCUCGAAAACGCCAUUGUAAAUCACAAAAUGGCGGUUCAACUCACAUCUGAGGAUGAUCCGGAGUUACCCAGCAGGCUCAUGGGUCUGGGAACCUCUUUCCGGAUUCGUUUCGAACGAUACGGGCAUGAUCUUGCAGAUCUUGAAGGUGCCAUACGCAACCAAGAGAGAGCUGUUCGACUCUUUCCUGAGGGACAUAUAAACAGGCCAGGUGUAUUGGAUGACCUUGGACUUUCUCUUUUCGCUCGCUUCCAGCACACUAGAAACAGAGAGGACCUCGAUGCUUCCAUAAAGAUGCACCAGCAGGCGAUCCAGAUUAUUCCCCAGUAUCACAGUGACAGAGCUUCAUUCUUUUCUAACCUCGCCACUUCGCUUCAAACCCGCUGCGAAUACUACGGAGACCUCGAAGACAUCACGACCGCCAUUAACUACCAUCAGCAGGUGCUCAAAGUCACCCAAGACAGCCGUUCCGACAUCAUAGCCUUACUUCUCAAUAAUCUUGGAGAGGCAUUUUGGACUCAAUAUUCAAUGACGGGAGCCGUUGCCCACCUCGACAGCGCUAUCCCAAACUACGAGAGAGCCCUCGAACUUCUCGACAUCCUUGGCUCCAGAUUUGCGAUGCAUCGUGUCACCAAUAUCUCAAGUUGGGAGGGGGUCCGAGUCCGAACUCUCUUGAACCUUGCCCGGACAUUGACGACACGCUUCGAGAAUGGAAAAGGAAACCUCGAGGACAUCAACCGUGCCAUCUCGUAUGAGCAGACAGCAAUCCAACUCCUUCCCGAGGGGCAUGAUAGCCUUGCGGGCUGUCUUUCGGGCCUCGGUAUCUCAUUAGCAGCUCGUUUCAAAACACUUGGGAACUUGGAGGAUAUAGAAGUUGCCAUCUCUAAUCAGCAGAGAGCAGUUGGGAUGACCAGGGAGGGACAUGUUGACUUGCCGACACGGCUCGCGCACCUCGCGUCUUCAUAUCUGGCUCGCUUCCAGAAAUUGGGUAACCGCCAGGACAUCGAAAGCGCCAUCGAAAAUCAGCAAAGAGCGGUGCAGCUGACUCAUGAGGUGCAUCCUCAACAACAUGUGCGACUUGCUGAUCUCGGAAACCUUUUUUCAAGUCGUUUUACAGAUCUUGGGGACACUGUGGACCUCGAGAACGCUAUCUUAAUUCUCCAGCAAUCAGUACAAUGCGCUCCUCCAUGGUUUACUCACCUCCCUUUGCGACUUAUGAAUCUUGCAGCAGCGCUUGCUUCACGUUUUUCCUAUAACCAGGAAAUAGGCGACCUUGAAAGGGCCAUAUCGAACUUGGAGCAGGCGGUCAAGUUAUUCCCCGAGCACCAGGCGGAGCUGCCCAUGUGCCUCAGUAACCUUGGAAUAACCUUGAUAGUACGCUUUGAAAAGACCGGAAACCCCGACGACGUCGAUUGUGCUAUUUCACACAUGCAGAAGGCCCUCGCUCUCAUUCCUGACAGCCAGACUUUCAAGUUGGCACAAGCGCUUGCAGGCUUGGGAGGCUCCUUUUCUGCUCGCUUCACAAACACUCAGGACCUUGCAGACAUUGAUCUCGCCAUCUCAUACUUCCAACAAGCCGUAAAUGCCGUCCCAGUCGGUCACACUGACCACCCAGUCUUCCUAUCCGGCCUUGCAAGGUCAUGUGCCAAUCGCUUUGGCAAGACCAAAGACCUGGCUGACAUUGAAAGGGCAAUAGCAAGUCACCAAAAAGUAGUCCAGUGCACUCCCAAGGAGCAUCACGGGCUGGCCAUCCGCACUUAUGACCUUGCAACUUCGCUGCUAACUCGCUUUGAGGUGACAGGGGAUCCUCAAAGCCUUGCUCAAGCGAUAGCAAUGUUUAAAAAGGCAACAAAAGAGACAAGUGGGCAUCCGCGAACGCGCCUUUCUGCUGGCUACGCAUGGGGGAAAUUAUGCACGCAAUAUCAUACGUCUGAGUUCUCGGAGGCAUGGAAUGUCACCAUUGGACUAUUGUCCCAGGCUGCUGGCUUAGAACAAACGAUAUCCAAACGUCACAACAAUCUUGUUUACAUAUCCACUAUAACCACCUUUGCGACAGGUGCGGCCUUCGACAACAGCGCCUUCGAAAGUGCCCUCGCUUGGCUAGAGCAAGGUCGUUGCCUUGUCUGGAACCAAAUCAGCCAACUUCGUACGCCAGUGGACAGGUUGCGAGUCUCCAAGCCAUCUCUUGCUGGCCGCUUCUUGCAACUGGCCAACGGCUUGGAAGCUUCUGGAUUUCGUCAACAGUCGUCGAUACCCGCCGCAGAAGUAGCCAUUACACCCAGAACAAUUGCAAUUCAAGACGAAAUUCAUGCUCAUGCCCGAUUUGCAAAGGAUUGGGACAAUCUACUUUCAGAGAUCCGAAGGAUUCCAGGGUUCCGGGAUUUCCUUCAGCCCCCCAAAGUCACCGACAUUCUUGAACGGCUGCCACAGGACACUCCGAUCGUCAUCUUCAGCAUCGCCCAAGAGCGAUGCGAUGCCCUAGCAUUGGUUUCUGGUGUGGAUACUCCCAUCCAUAUUGCGCUUGCAGAUUUCACCUACGAGAAAGCGAUCGAACUUCGUCGCGAGCUCCAAGGAUAUCUGAGGGCACAUGGUGUUCGCCUGCGGGAUGAUGAGCCUGAUCCUGAUGCGGAUCGCGGUGGACACCAGGUUCAGUACCAAAGACGACAAGGCGGCCUUCAUAGGAUUCUUCGAUCGCUGUGGUUGGAUGUGGUUCAGCCGAUAUUAAGCGGUAUUGGGUACUCGUCCCCGCCGUCACACCGAAUGCGUAUUUGGUGGUGCCCGACCGGCCCACUCGCGUUCCUGCCGCUCCACGCUGCAGGGAUUUAUGGCGAGGACAGAACUCCUGGAUCUCUAGUUUCCGAUUUCGUUGUUUCCUCGUACACACCGACUGUGACCGCCCUUCUCGAGAAACUAAAAGAAGAGCCCGCGAAAAAGCAAGGACACGACACAAUACUCCUCGUCAGCCAGCCAGAGACUCCGGGGCGUACCAAGCUGCCAGGGGCGAAAAAGGAAACUGAGGCGCUUAUAGCGCUGAUGUCCGGAAAGGGAAUAGAACCCCAGUUGCUCGAGGGAGAGGAGGCCACGACCGUCAGAGUCAAGACGGAGAUGGCUGCCCACAGUUGCAUCCACUUGGCCUGUCACGCCGUCCAGGACAUCGCGAAACCUCUCAACAGCGGGUUUUGCUUGCACGACGGUCUACUUCAGCUCCUCGAGAUCAUGCCCCAGCGCCUUGCAAACACCGAGCACGCGUUCCUGUCUGCGUGCCAGACGAGCACAGGAGACGAGAACCUUUCAGACGAGGCCGUUCAUCUUGCAGCGGGCAUGUUGGCUGCUGGGUACCGGGGAGUGGUGGCGACGAUGUGGUCGAUCCGGGACAAAUACGGACCUGAAAUCGCAUCAACCUUCUACAGUCGUCUCUUGGAAGAAGGGGAGUCGUGCGCUGAGGAAGGAGUGGUAACGAAGAUUGAUGGUGCUGGUGCUGCGCGUGCACUUGACUUUAGCGUGCAGAAGAUUCGAGAGAAGCUGGGAGAUGGGGAGAGCGACCUUUUGGCGUGGUUGCCUUACGUCCACUUUGGAGUUUGA